GGUUGCGAGUGGAAAGGAAUGUCAGUCUGCUUUCAGCGUUCACGUGUAACGGUUGUAUUGUGCGAGGUGGUCUCCCAAAUCGGCAAAUCGGCAAGACGAAGACGUUCGGUUGGCACAUUGAAAGUUUCUUCUGCGGAUACGGAUGUGUUUUUUCCCGCUGUUCUUCAGCGCUCGCUCUCCCCAACGAGACGAGAUGUAUUGAUGCUGUGGUUCAGUGCUUUGAUUGGCUGGUGUGUGGUGCGGAGCUGAGUCGUGUGUUGUACUUCGGCGGGUGUAAAUUGUGUGAUUUCGCUCAACCAAGCAAGGCAAAAGAAGUGAAAGAAACGGUACAGAAAAUAAGAAAAAAAGUGUGUUGUGAUCGCUCCCUGCUUUUUGGCAUUCGAUCGUACCGAGUGAAAUCUGAGCACACGAAGUGUUAUUCCCAGGAGGGGACCACAGUGUAGUGGUGUGGAAACGUUUUGCCUUGUUCUUGAUAACUGGAUGUCCUACAAACCGAGCAUUGAACAGGUUAUUUCGGAUUAUCGGAGAUAGCCAGCGCGAGAAAUAUUAUACCAACGCGCGAUCAACUCAGCUGAACAGAGCAAAAUCUAAUAGAAUUUGUUCCCUUUCUUUUAUUUUAUCAUGCUCUUGUGCUAUCAGAACAGUGGAUCAGUUUGGAUAGUGGCUGAAGCUGUUGAUUAUUUAGGCGAAAAAAACUAAUAAAACAGUUGACAUAGAACAAGAAAGCUGAAAACAGAACAGAAAAAUUAAAACAGAAGAAACCGAAUAAUUGUGCUGUGGCGUUCUGUCUCAUGGAUUGAGGAACAUGAAGUGAAUGAAACCAGUCGGAUUAGAAAGAACCCGGAAUUAAAUUAAAUUUAUCUCGUAAACUGUGUGCAGUGAAGUUUUUUUUCCUCCUCAGGAAAACGGUGGUCAUUCGCAACGUUCAGCGAGCAAAAAAAAACCCACUGGGAGGGACGAAAGCCAUCCCCCGGUGGCAGAAAGCGUCAUUAAACAUACCGACGUCGAUCUUUUGAAUGGCUUGUGUCAACUGUGAGUAGUUGGCAAGUUUAAAAGUGAAAACUUUCAAACGGAAAGUGACGGUGAGACCCCUUUCCUUCAACAGAAAAAAAAACUUUGUCUCGCUGUGUGACAAGUGAACGGUGCCAGAAGUCGAGUCAAGUCUGCGCCAGUCUGAGGACAGACAGUUGAGUGAUGAUCAUGAAUCGUAUGUAGAGACAGAAAGAAGAAUCACAGUGCUGAUGAACUGGCAACCGCUGCUUGCUUCUCAAUCGGAGCGCUUGAGCGCUCGGCACUAUCACACACCACUAAGAAGUGAUGCUCUCCUUCACACUGCUGUAAGUGAACAGCGAAUCGCGCUGGUAUUGUGUGCGUGCAACUGAGCACCGAUGUCCGACUUCGAUUGCGAUGGCGACAAAUCGGCGAAAACUGAAAGCCGGCUGGCCUUGCCAGGCUUUGAUGAUUCUGCUUUUCUCACUAAUUCCGAGUUCACACUGCGUUUUACGAUAUCUCGAACAGUUCGAAAACGCGCGAAAAAAGCACACCCGGGCGAUAAAAAAAAAAUAACAGCCAACGGUAACCGAAAACAAUGCUUUAACGGAGACGCUCACAGCACAUGACCGGUUACUCGAAGCUUAUGCCGAAGAAUGACACAAAAACAUAUAGGAUUGCAUGAAAAAAUGUUAGCAUAGUGAAUUUGAGACGAAACUGCAGCGUGGCCUUGUGGCUUUAGCCAAGUGGGAUCCGGAAUAGUCGCACGGUCGGCCGUUAAAUUAGACUUACAAAUCUCAUCGUGACUGGUACAGAGCGAAGCCAGAGCUCACGUGCCCCCGCACUAUCUCGAAGCAUAAAUCAUUAGCAUGAGUUCCUACCAGCGAACGGGGACGAAGAAGACGACGACGACGACAACAAAACAGCGGACCGCGAAAGCCGCCAUCGAUGCAAGUGUCAUAAUUUACCACCAAUACAGCAACAGUCGCAUUGUUUGAAGGAGAAUAGAACGAAGAAGAAAAACUGCCCGCGAGAGUAAAAAUCAUUAAGUGUCUGUGAUUUAUUCCGGCUGCCCGAGCUGAUGCUGUAAAUAGUCAAACAGUGGUAGAGCCACACAAAAAAAAACAAGUGGAGCGGUGGAAAAAGUUUGUCUGUUUCGUGUUACUUUUCGUUUUUUUUUGUCUGUUGUUAAUGUUUUGUGAAUGAAUAGCGCCGAUUGUUGUGCUGUUAUACCACUGUAAAUAAUUCGGUUAUGUUGUACUAUAGUGAGCGUUUUAUAAAAAAAGAUUUGAUUCGUUGAAGAUCGCAAGAGAAAAUUUGUAUCCGUUGAAUGUGUUGCUUCAUUGUGUAGCGCCGUCGGCAAAAAAGAAGUGAGUGAGAAACAAAUUAAUGGUAGAAGUUUGUAACUGAGAAGGAAAAAAGGCGAAGUGUUGCGAGAAAAAAAACAAGCAAAAGUUUUAUAAAUCGAAUCCGCUUAGGGAUUGUGAAAGCACCGUGGUAGCGUGAAAAAUUGCCAAGAAGAAAUCGUUUGGAUAUAUCGAAUAUUGUGUAACAAUCAGUUGGCAAAAUGGAAACCGAGGAAAUCAUCAAACUCGUCGAUGGCAUCUACAAGAAUAUCCUCGAGAAGUUUAACCCCGGUGCUCGGCAGCUGAUCAGUGCCGGCAAGGCCUAUCUGAAGGCGCUGCAUGGUGCGUCGGCCGCAUCCAAUCUCUUCAAUGAGGCCCUGGCGAAGAUCGCAGUCAACGCGCAGCAAGGAGGAACCAUCGAUAUCGGUUCCGCCCUGAUGAACAUCGUCGGAGUGUACAAAGAGAUCCAGGAUCAGCACAUGAACAUUCUGAAGGCCUUCUACGUUGACCUGCUAGUGCCGCUGGAAACCAACCUGGAGAAGGAUACCAAGGUGGUACAGUUCGAGCAGAAGAAGUUCCUCCAGCAGCAUAAGCUUCGCUCGGACAGCUACAGCAAGGCGGCUGCGACCAUGAAGAAGCACCGAAAGAAAAGUUCCAAGAGCUCGGCGAAGGAUGCCGAAAAGGAGAUCAAAAGCAUCCAAACGUUCGAGGAGGAGAAACACAAGUUGGAUCAAUUUUGCGAGCACAGCUUGAAGAACGCUAUGACGCAGGAACGUCGCAGGUACGGAUUUGUGUUGGAACGUCAGUGCUCGCUGGCGAAGCACUGGAUGGCUUAUCACCACUCUGGCCAUUUGAUUAUUGAGAAGUCGCUGGACAACUGGAACGAUGUGGCUGCCACGCGGGAAUUCUUGCCGCCGAACGUCGAGAAUAUGUUCACCUCGAAGCAACUGAAGGACCUUGAGGAUGACGACGAUGUGCACUCGAUUGCUUCGCAGCUACGCAAAACCCGAUCCAUCGAUGCCUCUUGUCUGGAUAUGCGCUCGCUGGGAGAUGUUGUUAACAGUUCUAUGAUGCAUAUGCCACGUGCCAAAUCGGAGUUCAAUUUGACAAACAGCAGCACUGGUAGUGUUAGCACUCUGGUCGGGGUAAUGAGCAGCAACGGUCAAGGAGGCCACAUGAUGAGUGGAACACUGAAAAGCAACGAUACCACGCAAUGGGAAAGGCCAACGGUGAAGGCUUUGUACGCGUAUCUGUCCUCCGGUGAGAAUCAAUUGAGCUUCUUGGAAGGGGAUCGAAUUGCGUUGGUUGGAGACCGCGCUAAAGGUUGGCAGUUUGGAGAGAACUUGCGAACGCAAAAGUUCGGUUGGUUCCCGAUUGCGUACACCGAAAAUGAACGGGAUGAUAAGGAAAGCAUCAGCGAAUGGGUUCAGGCUCCGCCGAGCGAGAUUGAAGUGGAAAACACACCGGACACUUCCCUCGAGAGUACCCUGGUCGAUGACAAUAUGUCCAAGCUUAACGAGUCGUACCACGAGGACGCCUCGCCGACGCGAAUGUUUGGCGACACGAUCCAAUACCGCCAGUCGAAACAGUUCCGUCGCUUGUCGCGUGGCGAGAAACCACCCAAACCGGGCCCUCCGCCUCAGUUGCCAGCCCCAGUUCCGACACCAGUAGUGCCUAACUAUAGCAAACCGCAGGGAAUCGCCCAGUCCAAUAGCUUCUCAUCGUCCGGCGGGGCUCCAAUGGUCGAGAAGCGAAAGCCAGUCCCGGCCACCAUCAACUUCAAUAAGCCGCAAUCGGCAAACAAGCCGAAAACAUCCCGCAACGGAAUAGCCAAUGCCUCGCUGCAUAGCAGCAACGACAGUGGAUUCUCGAACGAGCCUCAGCCCCAACCAGAAGUGGAAUUGUACUCGGAUGAGGAAGCCGGUAACCGGGUUCCAAUAAGAUCCUCUCGCUCAGAGAAGAAUCUCUCAUCACCGCGUUCGACGGAUCGCGAGCUGAGCGAACAUCGCUCUUCCCACUACCAUCCUCAGCAUCCGCAUCACCAGCAGCAACAGCAGCAGCGCUACAGCGGUGCCGGUCUGGACGAUGAUAACGAUAUCUACGGAACGGUGGUUCCGGCUCGCCGUCAGCAACAAAGAAUGCGCCAAGCGAACAGCUUCGGGAACAUUGCCGACAGCAACAGCGGAACGCUGGAGUAUGGCUACCGACCGCGGACCCGCAUGUCGGAUGGACAACCAAACCAGAGCGAUGCCCAGAAAAUCAAGCGCACCAAAUCGUUCUGGAAAUUCUCGAAAUCCCAGGACCACAUCCUCGAGGGGAUGGCCAUGUGGAAACACAACGAUAUUAUUCCGACCGGGCGGGAGAAGCGCGAAAUGGAGAAGAAGGAGGCCACACUGAAGAGGAACAUGCGCAAGAAGGAGCAAAUAGAGAAGCAGAAGCAGAAGGAAAUGAUCGCUGCGAAGGAAGGGCAGGAGGUUGCCGGAAGGAGUGUCGAGAGCAGUACAUUGGUGAGGAAUCGUGAGAAAGAACGGGAGCGGGAGAAAGAGUGUGAGGUGGAUCGGGACCGAGAGCGAGAUCGUGAGCGUGAUUAUAAUCGUGAACGUGAAAGCAAUCGCGAGCACGACCACAAUCGAGAGCGCGAGCGGGAAUUGAAGCGCGAGCGCGAACCGAAUCGGGAACGUGAUCAGAAUCGUGAUCGUGAUCGCGAUCACAAUCGGGAGCGAGAUAACAUCCGGGAACGAGACAACAAUCGUGAUCGAGAACAUAACCGUGAACAGCGAGAUCGUACCCGUGACCGGGAACAGCGAUCGGAGAGAGAGCCUCAGAGAACACACAGUACUGCGAUGAUGCCGGAACCUGAAAAAUUCCCCAUCACUAAAUCGGAUAUUGACAGGCGAAUCUCCAAGUUGGAUGAACUCAACCAACAGCAACAACAGCAACAUCUGCAUCAGCAACAUCUACAGCAACAAAAGCAGCAGCAACACCAUCAGCAGCAACAACAACAACAGCAGCAGCAGCAAUCGAAAAAGAAUAGCCAUUCUAAACAGGAUCGCGAACGGCAGGACAGACAAGAUCGUCACGAGAGAGAUCGCCGUCGAGAUGAAGUGGAUCGCAAGCCAUCGAAGUCCGCUAAAAAUGAUACGAACAAUAAUCGGAAUAGCUACCACGAGCGGUUACAGCAGGACGAGCAGAUCUAUGGGGAAUCGAUUCCACCCGUGUCCAAAGGCAAGGAUAAGUAUAGGGCGUCCGAGAGGGAGAGUAGCAAGAAUCGUAACAACGAUGCGUUGAACAAGUACUACCAGGAUCAGCAUUUUGACGAUUUUGCGAUUAUCCCAAGUGAGUCAAUCAUGAUUCAAGAUACAAGCUUCUACGACGACGAUGGCAUGAUGGACGACAUGAUGCUGAUGAAGACGGUGCGCAGGAAGGAUAUCCUGAAGCAGUACUACUCCAGCGGAACGGAUACGGAGCGGAAUUCAUCCAGCUCGGACCCGUACGACUGUAUCGUCGUCGACGAUCACCUGGUUUCCGCGGCCGAUAUGAUGAUGAGGAAGAAUCGCGGAGAAAAGGUUCGCGAGGGCCGCAAGUCGAACGGCGAUGGUAACCGAAUGGAUUCCAAGCAAGCCGAUGACAAGAUGACAUUUUCCACAUUCCGGGGAACGGUCGUUGACGAAGACGAAGCCAUCAUGAUGAUCGAGGACGACGAUAUGAUGAUGGAAGAACCGAGAGAUCGUCGUUCGAAGUCAUCCAGGGCGAACAGCUCCGGGCAGAUGAUGGACCCGAUGAAGUACGAGUCGGAACAGGAAACGAGAAUCAGUGCGAAGGUGAAUAGCAACGGUAAUCAGAAGCGGAAGUCUACGAAAUCGAUACCAUCCGAUGGCAAGGCAUACGGCCCGUGGUACGAUCUUUGGGGAACGGAAUCCACCAUGCAAAGCCCGAAGUAGUGAAAGGCAGAAUUUUAGCUUCUAGGUAAUAAAUAAAAUUAAUUAAGUGGUGCAGGUUACAUCCAUGGUUUCGACGGGGUGGCUGAUGGAAGAAGAACGCUACAUUCACUAGUUAACACACUUUCUGACCAUUUAUCGUUUUAUACGCAGACAUUCCAAAAGCACUCGAGGCUGCGGUCGCAGAAACCAAUUUUGAUUACCAGUUGAACUAAAUUGACGGAAUCGAAUAUCGUUAUUUAGAAGUGCGAACUGUAAGUAACAGAUAUUCGACCUACGCGCCAUUCGGCCAUGGAUCUAAACCCUGCGGUACGCAUGCAAAUACCAUUUACCAAACCAUCCUAUGUCCACCCACACAGACACAAACAAAGCAACAGCACAGAUAGAUAUGUGCCCAGAGGUUAGUCAAUCUUUAUCCCUGGCGUAAAGAUUGAAAUUAAUCCUAAUAGAAAUCAAAUAGUUUUGCAGGAACAUUUCUUCGCAUUCGCGCAUAUCAAUAUAGAUAAACGUACAAAUUACCAGACAGCUAGCAGUUGAAACCGGCAGCCGAGGGAGUGCCCUGUUUGUUUUGUUUUUUUUUUGCUUUAUUUCAGCACACAUGAAGAGGGGUGAAGUCCACCCACAAUGAAGAUAGCGCUCAAUAUUUGCAAUUUAGUUUUAAGGGUUUUUUUUAUAUAGCUCUAGGAAAAUAUUUGUUAUUCAGUGUUGAGUUUUUUAGUAGAUUUUGUUUGAUUUACAUCAAAAAGUGUUUUUAUGUUAUUCUAAUGAUUGAGAAUCAAAUACAGCGAAGUUUUGGUGCUCACUAGUAUUGAGAACGCAGUAUGUUCUAACGUAGGAAACAGAAGAAAUUUGUUCGAUAAGUACAUUCCGGUUGGGGUCUCUAUUAGUUGUGUUUAUCUACCUACACUAGUAUAAAUUAUACCAUCCAUGAGUUAGUCAAUAUUUUUAAAUACUUACGAACGGGUUGCCGCCCCAAAAAGGACACACCAUAAUCUAGUUCUACUACUUAAAGCAGCGUAUGCUUAAAAGGGUGUAUUAUUUGAUAGAUUAAUUUCAACGGAACAAUAUAAAUACAGCGAUGCGCAUGCUGUCCAUUUUAAGUGCCAAUCGAAUAGAGGAGAACGAUAUUUGCGAUCGGUGAUUCGGUCUUUUGCAGGGAAACGCCUUCCGGUAGGCAACAGGAACACAAACAUGCAAGAGAUCGCUGGUCGAUUGAACGAAUGAAAGAUUUCAAAAACCGAUUGUCGAUCGAUAUAUUACGUAGGUUAGUAAAUGUUUUUAGUCGUAUUAUUUGUACUAUAAUGAAGAAGUUUAGAAGUACCCUUUUUACCAUAUCUAUAAUUGAAUAAUGUAAAUUCAUGUAUUCCGCCUUGUAGUUUUUAGUUUCUUGAAUUCAUUUGUAUUUUAAAAUAUAAUUUAUGUAUUUCUUGUAACAUAUCUCCAGUGUAAUUAACAAAAUAUUGAAAUAAAAUUAUUUUAUCCC